AUGGCUGAAUACGAGGCUUGCAUCUUCGGAUUAGAAGCCGUGAAAGCAGUCAACGCAAAGAGUUUACAAAUCUACGGAGACUCCAUAUUAGUAGUUCACCAAGCUAAAGGGGAAUGGGAAGUUAGAGAGGAAAAUAUAAAGCCCUAUCAUGACCAGUUAACCAACCUUCUAACUGGAUUCGAGAAUUGUAGAUUCUCCUACCUCCCGAGGGAAGAAAAUCAACAAGCGGACGCCCUUGCAACACUAAUGUCUGUCUGGGACAACCCAAAGCAGAAAACGAUGAAACCAUUGGUCAUGGUAAGAUCUAAGGGUCCGUGCCACAUGACUGAACAAUUAAUGAGCGUACAAUUCGGACCGAAAGAAAAACCGUGGUUCUAUGAUGAGCAGAAAUUCAUAGAGGAAAGAGAAUAUCCAGAAGAUGCAAAACGUAAAGAGAAAUACAGUCUCAGAGUCUUUUCCAGAAGUUUCCUUUCCCACGCAGGGGUAUUAUAUAGAAGAUUCACCGAAGGGGUGUUACUCAGAUGUGUCGCCCAGGCAGAGACGGCAGAUACAAUAGAAGAAGUUCACUCCGGAGUAUGCGGACCCCACAUGAAUGGUUACGUUUUAGCGAAGAAGAUUGUCCGCCAAGGAUAA